CUUACAAAUAACUCCUAUUUCAAAGAAGCCUUCAAAAAGUAAAAAAAAAAAUACUACUUAUUCAGGGGAUAAUGGGCAUUUGCCCCUCCUCAAUAUAUUUUAUGGAGUAAUUUUUUAAAAAUUUUGAUUUACUUUAUAAAUGCCCAACCUCAAACUUUUAAAAUUUCUUCAUAGAUAUAUUUUUGCCCUCGUUGAAUUGAAAUCCUGGCUCCGCCUUGCUUGUAUUUCAGUUUUAAUUGCAGCGUCUCUUGUUGUGGAUAGAGUAGAAGACAUUGCUCCACAAACAUCUCACUGAUCCAAAACAAUGGCUUCCAUCUCUGCAUUCUCACUCUCCACACUCACUUCUCCUUGUUCUCUCUCUAACUUCUCACUCUCCACACACACUACUCCUUGUUCUCUCUCUAACUACCCAUCCCCUGCUCUCAGCCCACUCAAUUCACAAUCCCUUUGCGUUAAAUUCCAGACCCAAUUCAAAAACUCCGCCAUUUCCUGCAAUUCAUCAGUUUGCAAGCACCCAAAUUCAAGGCGCGCAAUAGUACGGGCAGUGGCGGAGGAUGAAGGGACCCUUAUCCCGGAAGAGGAAGCCUCGCCGCCGGCUGCUGACUCCACCGCCGACCAGACCGUGUCUGUUGCAGUGUCGCCUUCCGACGUGCUAACCAUGCUAUUUCAGGCAGAAGGAACGAUGAGCGACGCAGCUGUUCCUACGGUUACUAAGGCUUUGCAGGGAGUAGAAGGCGUUACAGAUCUCAAAGUUCAAUUACUCGAGGGCAUAGCAAGUGUAGAGCUAACAAAGCAAACAACCGUGCAAGCUACUGGGGUCGCCUCAAACUUAGUCGAGAUCAUUCAGGGUUCAGGCUUCAAGCUGCAAGCAUUGAAUUUGAGCUUUCAGGACGAAGAAGAUUUGAGCUAGACCAUGUACACUUCGACCUCGUUGCCACGAGGAGUGUAAGGGUUUCUGUUCUUGCCCAAAUUUUGAGCACCACUCACUUGUAAUUCUGAGGCACCUCUGUUGAUUAAUUAUUUGUAUAAUUUGUUAUAUGACACUUACAUGAGCCUAUGAGAAUCACAAUUUCAUUAGAUGAAAGGGAAAACCAAUCUGAGGCUAUGAAAAAUGUUUAUUAUUAUUGAUUUAUUUAUGUAAGACAAGAAGAAAAAAACAGAUUCUUGUAUAUUCAAACAUAUCUACAGUAAUUCUUGUGGGAAA